AUGAGUGCCACUGGGGAUGUGAGUAGCUCCGAAACUGGGGGUGUCUCUGAGGCUGUGGGUGUAUCCGAACCUGCUAAUGUUGUUGAAGUAAUGGAGGCUGUCGAAGACGCAUCCGGUGACAAGGUAGUUGACUCCGAUAAAGUGGACAUAGAUGAAGCGGUGGUGGUCCUCGGCGUCACGCUUGGCAACAAACGAAUGACCCCAGCCGUAGUCAACGAGAGUGUGUCAUCGCCAUCGUCCGGACAAAUCCCCGUCGUACAAGGAUCACUUGAGCAGCACCCACGAAAGUUGCCUGCCGUGCAGACAUACCAUUGA